AUGUCUGGUGACUAUGAAAUAAGUCAGACAGCUUUUGAAAACGAUAUAUUAUUGGCAAACAUUGAAUUUCAUUCAAAUAAAUUUGACAUUUUAGAUUUCAAUGGUUUACAUCAUCAAAUCAAACAAGUUACGUUUGAAUCUGAUAAAAUCAAAGAACUACCGUCAUUGAGCAAGCUCGUUGAACUAGAUAAGAUAAAUAUUAAUUUCUGCAACGGAUCUGUUUCUAUUUUGUCAAAUUUUGUAUCGAAUUCGAAUCUUUUUAUUUAUAUCUAUGAUAACAUUGAAUCUAUUAAUGAAACAGCGUUUGCUCAUGCAGGAAUACAGCAGAUUAAAUAUUGCGGUAAUCGCAAAAUCCAAGGAAACUUCUUAGAGAAAGCCAAAAAAGUUGAUGUAAUUCAAACUUCAAAAAAUUAUUCAAGUAGCAAAUUUGGCGGAUUAAAAAUCACACAAAAAGUUAAUAAUUGUCCUGCUUUACCGAACCCUGAUUACGAUCCUUCUAAAGAGAAAACUAAAAAGAUAAUAAUCAUCGUUUGCGUUCCAAUAGUUUGUUUGAUUGCUGCAGGAAUUUUAAUUGUUAUUUUCAGACAGUUAAGUAAUAAACGAAGACAGAGAACAAUAGAUGAGAGACUCAUUCUUGAAAAAGCUAUUUCUGAUGAUUUCGGAUGA